UUCAAGGUGGAGGUAGCUUAAAGUAAUCGACUCAUGGAAACCAAAAUGAACUUUCUAGUUCUACCCUUUCUUCUUCUCUUCCCUCUCCUUCUUCCUAUUGCUUCUGCUCAACUUAGACAGAACUUCUAUAGCCAAACAUGUCCUAACGUAGAAUCUAUAGUUCGUUCUGUAGUCCAGCAAAAGUUCCAGCAAACUUUUGUGACUGCCCCUGCAACUCUUCGGCUCUUCUUCCACGAUUGUUUUGUGAGGGGAUGUGAUGCUUCGGUUUUGAUAGCUUCGCCGACUAACAAUGCUGAGAAGGAUCACCCGGAUAAUCUUUCACUUGCCGGAGAUGGGUUCGACACGGUGAUCAAGGCAAAGGCUGCCGUUGAUAGUGUUCCUCAAUGCAGGAAUAAAGUUUCAUGUGCUGAUAUACUAGCUCUUGCAACUAGGGACGUUGUAGCCUUGGCAGGAGGACCUUUUUAUACAGUAGAAUUGGGGAGACGUGAUGGGAGAAUAUCUACAAAGGCAAGUGUUCAACGUAAGCUGCCAAGUCCUAACUUCAACUUAGACCACCUCAAUUCCAUGUUUGCUUCACAUGGCCUUACCCAAACUGACAUCAUCGCUUUAUCAGGUGCACAUACACUUGGGUUUUCACAUUGCAGCAGGUUCUCCAAGAGAAUUUACAACUUCAGUCCAAGAAACAGGAUUGACCCGACACUCAAUCUUCAAUAUGCACUUGAGCUAAGGCAAAUGUGUCCUAUAAAAGUAGAUCCAAGAAUUGCAAUUAACAUGGAUCCAACUACCCCUCAGAAAUUUGACAAUGCCUACUAUGGAAACCUUGUACAAGGAAAAGGGUUGUUUAGCUCAGACCAGAUCCUGUUUACUGAUCCAAGAUCAAGACCCACUGUCCAACUCUUUGCUUCAAAUAAUGCAGCUUUUCAGAAUGCUUUUGUGGCUGCCAUCACCAAGCUUGGCAGAGUUGGCGUCUUGACGGGAAACCAUGGUGAAAUUAGGAAAGAUUGUGCCCGCAUCAACUAGAACAGAACUUCUUCUAUUAUUAUCAUUAUUUUCUUAUUUUUAGGUUAUAUUUUCCCUUUUUUAGUAUUAUUUUGAAAAAAUUAUUAUGGUUUAUCUAAGAAUCCUAUUUUUAAAUUAGAUUAAUGUUUAAUUUCACUAUUCUGUUUUUAGCUUACCGGAUGAUAAAAGGCUAAAAUUUUACAUUU